GGUUCGACGACUUUUCAUUUUAUUCGUGGCCAGUCCUUUGCGAGUGCGGGUGGUAUAGUGAAUCAAAAUGAAGUCUUUAGUAUUAGCAUUUGUCAGUUUUCUGGCAAUUUAUUCAGUAAAUUGUGAGGUGUAUUAUGAAGAAACGUUCCCCGAUGACAAGUGGGAAUCAGAAUGGAUCUAUAGUGAGCACCCUGGAAAGGAAUUCGGCAAAUUUAAGUUAACUGCUGGAAAGUUCUACAAUGACGCGGAGGCCGACAAAGGUCUGCAAACCUCCGAAGAUGCCAGGUUCUACGCUCUGUCCAAGAAGUUCAAGCCUUUCUCGAACAAGGACAAGCCCCUGGUUGUUCAGUUCUCGGUGAAGCACGAACAGGACAUUGACUGCGGAGGCGGUUACCUGAAGGUGUUCGACUGCAAGCUGGACCAGAAGGACAUGCACGGAGAGAGCCCCUACGAGAUCAUGUUUGGCCCCGACAUCUGCGGACCUGGCACCAAGAAGGUGCACGUGAUCUUCAGCUACAAGGGCAAGAACCACCUGAUCAAGAAGGACAUCCGUUGCAAGGACGACGUGUACACGCAUCUCUACACGCUGAUCGUGAAGCCCGACAACACGUACGAGGUCCUCAUCGACAAUGAGAAGGUCGAGUCUGGCGAUUUGGAGGCCGACUGGGACUUCCUGCCACCUAAGAAGAUCAAGGAUCCCGAAGCCAAGAAGCCCGAAGACUGGGACGACCGCGCCACCAUCCCUGACCCCGAAGACAAGAAGCCCGAUGACUGGGAGAAGCCUGAGCACAUCCCCGACCCUGAUGCUGCCAAGCCUGAUGACUGGGACGAUGAGAUGGACGGUGAAUGGGAGCCUCCCAUGAUCGACAACCCGGAGUACAAGGGCGUCUGGGCACCCAAGCAGAUCGACAACCCCGCGUACAAGGGCCCCUGGAUCCACCCCGAGAUCGACAACCCAGAAUACACCCCUGACCCUCUCCUGUACAAGCGCGACGAGCUGUGCUCCGUCGGCCUGGACCUGUGGCAAGUCAAGAGCGGCACCAUCUUCGACAACAUCCUCUUCACCGACGAUGUAGAAAUAGCCAAGGAGCGCGGAGAGGCCAUCAAGAAGACGCAAGAGGGAGAGAAGAAGAUGAAGACUGAGCAGGAUGAGGCGGAGAGGGAGAAGGAGAAGGCUGAGAGGCCUGAUGAUGAGGAGGAUGAUGAGGACUUGGAUGAUGAGGCCGGUGAUGCGGCGCCUGUGGAGGAGCACGAUGAGCUGUAAGCGUAGUGAAUAGUGUAAAGACAUUAGUACCGCCGGGUACACGAGUGAAACGUUCCAGCUUUAGGACCCGUGCCCGCAGUUCGCGCAGUGUGCACGGGCCCUAACGUUCCCUAGUUACUUAUGUUAAUGUGUGAAAUACCUGGACGCCACAAGUAUCUAUUUAUUUAUGCAACUUGUGUACAUAAGUCACGCUCAUUUUAAAGCACUGCAGACUUAUCGGAGACGGUCGGGGCUGUGUAGUGUUUUCGUCUCAAUAAGUUCGCAGCGUCGUUUAUUGACGGCACUGUGUGUCGUCUGUGAGUGGUUUUACAACGUCGGCCGCCUAAUUUUGUAAGUGUAAAGCCUAUGUUGUAAAAUAAUCUCGAGUGAUGUAUGAGUUUUGUUAUGUUGUGAAAUGAGUCUGAUUAAAAAAUUAAUAUAAAUUGA